AUGGUCGUCAGACCGGCCAUCUACGCGUUGAUGAAGGCCCGUCUAGCGGUCAGCGAGGCCACUGAAGGGCAGCAAAACGUACAUGAUGAUGAAGACGGUGAAAUUCCUAAUGGCCCUGACACAUCUUCGUUCAAAGCGUUUCUGCUGUCAUUUAUGUCCGCAUCAAGCUCUAGCAUUGAUUCGACGGAGACCAUACCUGAGCAGAAUCUGGACAUGGAAUACCCAACUUUAACACCUGUUGGUAGGGGAAACAAGGAAAGGAAGGGGUUGCUUAGUAGAGGCAAGCAUUCCAUCGGAAAGAUUAUCAACAAGGCAGGAAGAAUUGGUCGCUUCAGACAAAAGCCCACCCACGUCAUUGAUAGUGAAAUAGCAAGUCAGACAUGGUCAGUUUCGUCCGAAUUGGAUCUCAAGAGGUCAAAGGAGUCUGCUUCAAACCAUAAGCUGCCAGCUAUGUCUGAACCGUCCAUGCUUUUGUCAGAAACGAUGCGGAAUGAUCUUUAUCCAUCUCUUCCUCUUCUUGUUCAAGGAAAGAACUGGAUGUUGGUUUACAGUACCUGGAGGCAUGGGAUUUCUCUAUCUACCCUGUACAGAAGGAGUAUGCUUUGCGCUGGUGAUUCACUUCUGAUAAUUGGGGAUAAGAAGGGAGCAGUUUUUGGUGGUUUGGUAGAGGCCCCUUUGCGACCUAUCAUGCAAAGGAAGUAUCAGGGGACCAAAAACUGCUUCGUGUUCACCAAUGUAGCUGGCCAUCCUGUUAUAUAUCGUUCAACAGGUGCUAAUAACUAUUUCACGUUUUGCUCCCCUGAGUAUUUGGCAAUCGGUGGUGGUGGUCACUUCGCGCUUUAUCUCGAUGAAGACCUUCUGAAUGGUUCAAGUUCCACCUCUGAAACGUUUAACAACCCAUGCCUAUCAGUUUCCCAGGAAUUUGAAGUCAAACAUGUAGAGUUGUGGGGCUUCGUAAAUGCUUCUAUGUACGAUGAGAUGCUCACAGUCUGCCGUACUGAGAAACCUGGAAUCUGGAAUCUGUGACUGUUCACAAAUUUCUGAGGCGUUGACAAUGAUGGCUUGUACAGUUUUGCAAGUAUAUAGGCUUGUUAGAAUUUGACCUAAAGCUUCAAAGUAAAAGGUCUGGAGGAAACUGGUUUGCUUAUGGAUUCGUGGACAUGAAACAGCACAGGUCUGGGACUUGACUGGAGCAACUUCCUGCUCAUGUUUGUAAAUAUUGUAGAGUAGUCAAAUCCCCCUGCUGAGCACUUAGAGAUGUACCGAAUAGAUAUCCACCAUCUUCCUCUUAUCUUAUACUACUAAAAUAGGUUUAUCUUAUAAUCCUGAAGUAAGAAAUACUCGAGUGAUUAUUAACAGUUCCCUAUAAUGCAUUAGAAGUAUGGAAUGUGAAAUGCAUAGUUGGUGCAAUUAGCUUUUUGGAACAAUAAUAAGAAAUAUACUAGUCCCUUUGAUCCAUAAUAAGUGUCGGUUUUAGUUCAAAUUAUAGGUCGGAAGGAGUAUAUUGUUGUCGAGUAUUUCAUCAUAUUGACCUUGAUUUGCAAUGCUCUGUGCGCCUCCACUUGAGCUCUAGGAGGGGAAAGGGAAGAUGGCAGUACAGAAAAGAGAGAUACUCGCCUUGCGGGGAGUGACCUCCAUGAGAACACAUGGCAAGCUGAUAUUGUGCUUGGUCGAAAGGGCACCUAGCAUCCUGUGGGGUUACCUAUGCCUGUUUUUGGAAUAGUAGAAACUUUGGAUGAUUCAAUUCAAUAACUCGUGUGUUUCUUUCAUCCAAAGCUUCGCUUAGAACAAGAAUCUAUUCACUCCAGCAUAAAGAGUAUACUUGCAACUUUACAGUAUA